AACGGAUCGAUUGUUGCUGGUGGGGUGCGUCCCUGCUGGCCGGCGCGCCUUUCAACUCAUUUUGAGGACAGAGUGACGCGGGAACUCUUUACCACUAGAGAUGUUCGAAUGUGGCGCAGAAUUCAGAAUAAAGAUGAGCGCUGCUAACAGCGUAGAAGCAUCACCAGCGCAGAGCAGCCGUACGCCAAGACGAAAGAUGGCUGAGGAAAUUUGUGAAGGAGAGCCACCCGCAAAAUGUGUCGAUCGCGGGCCAAAUGUGAGUCGGUAUGUGACUGUGCCCCCGCUGAGAUUCAAACCCAGGACAUUGGACGAGUUUGCGCAGUUUCUCGAAAAUGAUUCGAACCGUGUUGUUGAUAUGGACAUUUGGUCACUUUUUGGAGAAGGAAACUACGUUAACUACCGCGUGAAGUUGGUGAUCACAGCACUUCUGGAAAAGAUCGACAGACUUCAAAGAGGAGGUGGAAGUGGUGGCUCCAUAGGUGCUCCGGUCUACGAAGAGGUGCACUAUCUGGACGUAGACGAUAUGGAACCAAGAAUCAUCAUGCCACCUGCUCAUCAAGGAUCCAUACCUAACAGCGCUCAUAAUCUUCAUCACCGCAGACCUAGUGACGGUGGCGUUAAUACUUCUCUGUUUAUGUUCCUCGACAAUCCUCCGAUGCCUCGUGAAUACUAUGACAUAAGACCUAAUGUCCCUGAUCUUCGGAAUUUCAAUCUUCUUGAUACAUACACACUUCUGAAACACAGAAGAGGGACCGGUGGCUUCCGUUUGGAGCUCAAGCGCUUCCUCACACACAUGACACGUAUGAUACAUUCGAACGCAGCUCGAGGACAGUACACAAUGAUCAAACCCGGUGUUAGAAGAGAUGCAAAGAAGAAGCAGUAUCCGAGUGCUCUGAUCGAACAAAUCGUUGACGGCAUCUCGUCUCUUAUCAUAAAUCUGGAUGGUACAGAACCUGACAAAGUGGCGCUUUCCAUACUGAUCAAAGAUACUUGGAUAGCAGUUUUGUACGAAGACCGCCGUAAUCCACCACGUUUCUUCCCGUUCUCUGAUGAGGAGCUCGAAGCUUUGUCUGGCGAGGGAAGACAUUACGUCAAUAAUGGAAUGAUCCGGAGGAAGAUUGAACCUGAAAGUUCAGCAGAAGACGCGGAUGUAACUCAGUGGAACGGCGGCAUGUGAAAUUAUUUCCAUAUCAGACGUGCACGAUCUCGUUCUUAUCAUUUGUUAUAUACAUAGUAUGUUGAAAUGUAUCGGGUCAUGUUAUGCCUCUCAUCCGUAUAGAAUAGAAUUGCUAAUGAAGUAGAGCAAUGUACUGGAAUUGAUUUGUUGUAUAUAACAAUUUUCUUUUCAAGAGAUGCCCUCA